AUGUUUGCGCACGCUGAAUUAACUAACGCAACCUCAGUGUUCUUCAUCUGCAUGAGAGAAUGCCUGGAGACAAGCAUCAUCGUCUCUGUCUUGCUUUCGUUUCUGAAGCAAACGCUUGGCCCUGAGCAUGAUGCAGUAACAUACAAACGUUUGGUGAAACAAAUUUGGUUUGGCGUAGCUUUGGGAUUGUUCUUAUGUCUGAUUAUCGGCGGCGGCUUUAUCGGUGCAUUCUACGGCGUCGGAAAGGAUAUCUUCUCCAAGACGGAAGACUUGUGGGAAGGUGUCUUUGGACUGAUUGCAUCAAUCAUCAUUACUGUGAUGGGUGUUGCUCUUCUACGAGUGUCCAAACUCCAAGAAAAGUGGAAGAUGAAGCUUUCGAAGGCACUUGAAGCGAACGACAACAGGAAGGGAAAAGUCGGAGGUCGCAUGAAAAAAUGGGCCGAGAAAUAUGCCAUGUUUCUCCUCCCUUUCAUUACAGUCCUUCGAGAGGGCCUUGAAGCAGUAGUUUUUAUUGGCGGUGUCAGCCUAGGCAUGCCAGCAGAAAGCUUUCCACUGGCGGUUGUCUGUGGACUCGGGGCAGGCUGUCUUAUUGGAUAUUUCAUCUACAAGGGAGGCAAUGCUGCUUCGCUGCAGAUAUUCCUUAUCGUCUCUACCUGCUUCUUAUACUUGGUAGCAGCUGGCUUGUUCUCCAGAGCUGUGUGGGCCUUUGAGAUGAAUAAAUGGGUAAAACUUACGGGAGGCGAUGCGGCGGAGACUGGAUCCGGACCAGGAUCUUAUGACAUCCGACAAAGCGUGUGGCAUGUAAAUUGCUGCAACGCGGAAAUUGCCGCCAACGGUGGAUGGGGCAUCUUCAACUCCAUCCUUGGCUGGGAAAACUCCGCGACCUACGGCUCCGUCAUCUCCUACAAUCUUUACUGGGUUGCUGUCAUCACUGCCUUUGUGGUUAUGCGGUACACGGAAAAGACCGGCCACUACCCUCUCAUGAAAAAGCGCCCGACUGUCGCCACAUCUGAUAUUGGAAGCGAGAGGAAUGGCGAGCCCGUCAUAAACUCCAAGGCGAAGGUCGAUGCAGAAACUGCUCCUGCCACAACCAACAUCCGGGAAUUUAAGGAAUGA